CCCACAAGGAAGGCGGGCAGGAUGCUCCUUCUUAAGCCAUGGUUAUGCUGUGUGUCGCUGUUACAGUUGGCUGUGACACGGUCGUCGGCAUGGGUUUUUGUCGGGAACACGGCAGGGUCCCGCAUCAUGCACACAACUUUAUCCAAGACCUGGGCUGGCUCUAAGGUGCAUUCCACACCCACACGGGUGGCCGGCGACGUUACCACCGCGGUAGCAGGAACGCGUGUGGUGGGAUUGGGGCGGCGACGCUGCUCUGUACUUACGAUGGGGAAGGCUGAUGCUAAGGACGCUGAUGUGGCUCUGAGGAGCGUCAAGGUGGGGCCACUGAAGCAAGAAAAUAUCGAACUGCCGUCAGGGGUUUCCAUGCAGACGUUGUCCCAGAAGCCUUCAACGGGGUCGCCCAAGCGAAGCAAGCCCCCACCGCCGCUGGUAUUCAUCCACGGAUCGUACCAUGCGGCAUGGUGUUGGGCAGAGCACUGGAUGCCAUUUCUCGCGGCAAAGGGCUACGAGACAUACUCCAUCAGCCUUAGAGGGACUUCUGGGACGCUCAUCCCCGGAGCUGAGCCAGACGCGAAAGGCAUCAAGGUGAAGAUCUCCGACCACGUUGAUGACAUUCGGAGCUUUGCGGAGACCUUCCUGCCCGGGCGCCGGCCGGUUUUCGUCUCUCACAGCUUCGGCGGGGUGGUUCUGCUGAAGCUUUUGGAAGAGCUAGCGACUGAAGGUGGUCAGGGCGAAAAGGAAAACAAAGACAAGGAGGGUGCCGAUGGAAUACGGCCGGCCGUGGCCGGGGGGGCGUUCUUGUGCUCGGUACCCCCCUCAGGGAACGGCCCCAUGACAAAGCGAUUCAUCAAACAGAGACCGGUGAUGGCGGUGAAAAUCGUGCUGGGCUUCGUUCUGAAGAUGGCGGUGUACUGGCCGUGGCUGGCUCGAGAUCUCUUCUUCUGCCAGGCGUUGGAGCAAUCGGCGCUCAAGAGAUACAUGUCACGUUUCAAGGCCGACUCCAAGAAUGGCUUGGAUCUCAUGGACUUUUCGGGCCAGCUGCCAAUGAAAAUGGCGAACGCGGACGGGCAGGCAACGUGGGUGAACCAAGCCCCACCCAGGUUGGUGAUCGGGGCAGAGCGGGACCGCAUCGUGGAUGAGGCAGGUGUUCAGGAGAUGGCCGCGUUCCUCGACACCGACUACGUAAUGCUGCCAACGGUGCCGCAUGAGGUCAUGCUGGGUCCCGAUUGGCCGUUGGGGGUCGCGCGGCUUCUUCAGUGGCUGGAGACUACGGACUUUGCCAUGUCGAGCAAGCCAUGACGGAAAGUUCUGCAGGUGUUGGUCGCUCUCCUCGUAUUUCUGUGUUGUGCUCUGCUCAUCGUGCCGUGCAGUGCUCAUCUCAGAGGAGUAAACAUGGUUGUUCGCCCAACGCAAGACCACGCCCACCUGAACCCCAAGAAGCUCGAUGGACGCGUCGACAACACACCCACAUCGAGUCCGCUGCCUUUUCUUUUGACCCGGAGAAGAGUUACGUUGACACAUCAGGAAGCACGGGGGUGUAGCAUGCAUGUGGAUAGGUGUCAAGAGGUAUCAUGGCCUUGGCGCCCACCUUUCGACUACCUCGAAUCGGCUCUGCUAUCAAAGCUGCCGCGUGUUUGUCAUGGACCUUCAUUGCAACUGCGCACGUAAUUCUGGGACGCGAAGAACCUGCCAGGGCGGUGGGGUCACUGAAAUGGAGAGCCUGUCCGGCCGAAACGCGAUAGACUUACGUCGCCAGCGUUGAGUGGCCUCUGCCGCGCAUUGUCCCGGGACUAUUGCUGUUUUGGUGCUGUCAUCUCCUUGCUAUUGCGUAGAUCGAGUGCUCGCAGUGCCCUUUUUUGCCAAUUUUCACAAGCAUGCUUUUUUUGGUGUUGUUGAAUGCAUCACGUUCUUCUCUGUGUUCGCUCUUGUGUUCCUCG